GCACCGAUUUAUCCAAAGCUAAAAUAGGGAAAACUCAUUUGCGAGGGGAAAUAACUGUUGAGAAAACCGAACCAGUGCCACCGCCUUCAACUCCGAAAUGAAAUUCUUCAUCGGAAAAGCCUCUACUCUUCACUCUCAUCAUCAUCAAUUUCUGCUUUAUAUAAUUUCACCUCAAUCGAAUUAUAUGACUCCACACUCUCUCUCUCUGCUAAACAAAUAUCAUCCCAAUUUUAUUACAAAGCGGUGGCUCAACACAGGGACCGAGUCGACUCAAUCCGAGUUCCCGGGACCCAACGCGUACGAGCUACUAGGUGUAUCCGAAACAAGCUCUUUUGCUGAAAUCAAAGACUCUUUUCGUAAAUUGGCUAAGGAGACUCACCCUGACCUCCUGCCUCAUUCCACGCCCAAUUCCUCCUCUACUUCCAAGCAAUUCGUUGACAUACUUGCUGCUUAUGAGAUUCUAUCCGAUUCUGAGAAGAAAGCGCAUUAUGACCAGUACCUCUCAGCUCGAAAAACACUUGUUCAUGUGCAUUCUAGACAAGGUUCGAAAAUGUGCAUGUAUGAAUCAUAUAGCACGUCAAUCAAGGAGAUGGAAGUUGUUGAAUGGUUAAAGUGGUAUAGACAAACAGUAAAUGACAUAUUGACUGAAAAAAGGGUAGUAUCUGGAUCAGGCUAUUUUGAUGCACUGGAAAGAGAUUUCUACUCAGCAUUACAUUUAGCAUUCUACGGCCCUGAGAUUGAGUCAGAUCUCCUUCCUGAGUGUUUUGAAGCUGAGGAGAGAUCAGUAUAUGAAACAGCUGAGGUUCUGCACCUGGUGUUCGGGCGAGAUCUUUUUGGGAUGGUCUGUUUAGCCAAAAAUGUCCCCGAACUGUCACAUGCUUCUAUGGAAAAACUAACAUCCUUUACGCCGGGCUUGUGUCAUUCCAUUGAGAAUAUCCCCAUGAAAAUGCAUCCGGAGACAGCACAUACUGGUUCUGAUCAAAGGCAAUUGAGAAGUUCUAAUUACCAUACAUCAGAUGCAUACAGAAACUUGGAAUUGCAUGUUGGAAGGAGGCUUGUUGCUGUGGCCACAAGAGUUCCACCUAGGAGUAGAUCUAAUGGGAUACAGAAUGAGGGUUUUGAUGACUGCAUUCAUGUUUACCUCAAUUCAGAUGAAGACCAAAGAUUUUCUAAAAGUAACUUUAUAGACUUCGGAUUGAAAUCUGCCGUUCCACUGGGAAUGAUAACAGGGUUGGGGACCAGUCCUGAAGAAGGUUCUUGCGAUGUUUAUGACAACAAUGGUCUAAAAACCCAUGUGAUUAUGAAGCAUCGAACAUUGCUGGUAAGACACAUGCACUGGUAUCAAUUAGGAGAUGAAGUAUCAACCUGUGAGUGCAGAUGCCGCAGAGCUAGGCUACCUCCGAGCAAAUUUUGGCUAUUUGAACCUCGAUGUGCCAUGCAUGACAUUGGAGGUUGGUAUGUGGAGACGUUUGGUAGAGAUAAGAAAGGUCGAAAUGUACUAUCUCAGAGGUAUUGGGAUGGCUUAGGGGCAAAUGAUCACUUUGAGAAGAGACUGCAUCCAGCAAUGUACUUGCUUGCCCUUGCCUACAGGACUCUAGAUAUUGAAGAUUCAAGGAGAAGUAAACAGAGAAUGAAGGAUCUUGUGGAAUCAAACAUAUCUAGAGUUCUCAGCUGGUGCAAGAGACUAGUACACUGAAACAUAGUGACAUUCAGCUUUAUGAUCAUAUCCUUGCUCAGCCCCAGAAUUUAAUAGGCAACUGUUUUCUGGUGGUCCUCUGAUGGUACAGAUGAUUCACACUUGUUAAAGAAUCCUCAUAUAAGCCUGCAUAGGUUGUUGAUUUGGAUGGCUUGUGGAUUGAUGAGCCGAACACCAUGAGCCUUGAACACUAACAUAGAUAAUGAGCCGAACACCAUGAGCCUUGAACACUAACAUAGAUUUUUUACCAAUCACUGUGAAGCAGCUUAAAAGUGCUCUUUCAACCACCAAUGUGAUUCCUCUGCUUUGUAUUUCCUGGUCUCUCAUUUUCAGUGCCACGACCCAAUGUGAUAUUAUGUAAGGUGACACCAGUCAGCUCACUAAGGAAUUGGACCUCAGUGUUUCAUUAUAAGCUAGUUUGGUUACUGGAUGGAAUGGAUGGAAUGCUGAAGCAACAUCAAUAAUGAUACCAUGUUAACGUGAAGAGUUGCAUGCUUGCCUUCAGCCAUAUGUGGAUCACGACAUUAUGGGCCGGAAAAGGAUUUGAUACCGUAAGUAGGAACCAAGUAACACCUCAAGCCAAGGGAGUGAAGCAUGGUGUUAAUGCAGAUGGCAGCUAUUAAUUUUUGGGGUGAUGGCUUGCAUUACAGAGAGGCAUUUGAUCAGAAGAUUAUUGUGCACUUUCUGAGUUGCUGUAACUAAUUUGCUUAUUAUCCUCAUACUUCUGUUAUUGGCAUACAGCUUCUGUGAUAUAUACAUCAAAUUGUUCUCCAUGAAUAUAACAAAACGAUUGCUGGUUAAUAUAUUUGAGUUCAAUUGCACAAAUCUUGUAGGCAGCUAGAGACUUUCUUUUUAGGGAAGAAGUCAAGAGGCUGUUAACUGUUG